UUACUUUCUAAAACAAACUCCAAACGCUAUUGUCGAGACGAGACAACACAGACAAGACACACCACAGUACAGCUACUACAACAUCUCUCUCUCUCUCUCUCUCUCUCUCUCUCUCGUGACCGUUAACCAUGGCGGACUAUGAAAACCACCACCAUCAACAACAACAACAACAACAACAAGUAGUUUCUCGUGAAACAGCUUUCCAAGCAUUGAACACAAUCAUCCAGCUCCAUUUCGAGAAAACCCUCGAGAAGAAACGUGCCAUAGACCUUCAAAAGAAGGAACUUCACAAGCUUUUCCAAAUCUUCUUCAUCUUCCUCAGCUUAGUUUUCAUGGCAAAUUCAAUGUCACCUCGUCUUCAAUGUCGCCAUUGUUGGAUCCCAAUCACACUUCUUUCCAUGGCUCAUCUCAUCUUCUAUGUGUCAGUAGCACAAACUCUUAGAUGUAUUAAUGGAUUCAAGUAUCAGAGAAGGUGUCAUAAGCUUACACUUGGUUUGGCUACUGAGAAGCUUAGGGAUAUGAAGAUGAGGUUGAGUGGUGGUGGUGAUUAUGAUACUAUUGGUGAUGAAGAGUUUGAGAUUCAUUAUCAAGAACCUCCAGAGAGUUAUUUUGGUAAGUUUAAGAGAAAUUGGGCUCUUCAUUUUGGGUUCUUGAUCUUGAUCUAUGGUUUCAUGAUCUCUUCUUCUGUUGUUCUUCUAUGUUUUUGAGAUUGGGAUUUUGGGUUGUUUAAGUUCAAGUUAAAUGCUCUGUAAUGUAAUACCAGUAUCUAUCAGAUUUUUGUUAGAGAGAAAGAGGUCUAAUUGAUUGUAGCAUUAACUUGUUUUUGUUUGUAUGUAUAAAACCGUAUGAUUUGAAUUCAUUUCAACUUAUUCAAGUGUCCAUUCUGAAAUGGAAGUU